AUGGCAAAGCUAGCGAUCUUCCUUACUGGCGCUGGCGCACUGGGGACAAGUCCCCUCCGCUUCUCCGUCAGUGGGCAAUCUGCAGGGGGCUCCAUGGCGGUGAACCACCUCUUCGCGCACUCAGCGAGCGUGGAUGGCGCGCUGAUAGCAGCAGGCUCCCCUUAUGGCUGUGGCAUGGAGAAAGAUGAGGAGGACCGGUGCUAUUACGGGAAUGUCGACAUCGAGCAGUCCGUCCGCUGGACGUGGGGGCGAUACGCCCAAAACUUGAUCGACGACCCAUCCAACCUGAACAAGGUGCCCGUGUUGCUCUUCAACGGCAAGAGCGACGAGUGCGUGUACACCAGGGUAAUGCGGGACACCUUCAAGACGCUGCAGUACUUUGUGGACAAGGACUACCUCUUCAGGUCCUUCAACACCAAUGCCGCGCACGUCUGGAGCUUGGACCACGGCCAGUGCCACUGUGGUGCUUGCGCCUCCCUCUAUGGGUCGCUGCGCUGCUGCGACGUGAACAACUGCCACUACGAUCUUAGCGGCGACAUGCUGCGGAAGUUCUAUGGCUCCAUCCGGCCCCGCGUCAAGGCGCACCCAAGGCUCUACCACGUGCACCAGUGGAGAUACAUUCCCUGGGAGACGCAGAACGAGACGAACGAGACGAACGCAACGAAGCCGACGGGGCCCCGCCGGGCCGGGCUGUGGAAGUUUGCGCUGGUCUACGUGCCGACAGGCUGCGAAGCGCGGGUACUUGAGUGCCGGAUCCAUGUGAACUACCAUGGCUGCAUCCGAAAGCGCCUCAAGAGGCGACGAUUGUGGGCAACCUCGAUCGACCUCAAUGAGUAUGCCGAGUCCAACGACAUUGUUGUGGUCUACCCGCAGGCUGCUGGCAGCCCCCGGGUGGGCAACGGCUGCUGGAAUUGGGGUGACUCCAAGGAUGAUCAAUACUUCGACACCCGGAGAUCCAUGCAGAUCGGCACGGUGAUGAACCUUUUGAAGAACCUGCCAGACGCUUUGCAAGAUGCGGAGCUGGUGGAUCUUAGCAAGGACGAGCUGACCGAGGGGCUGAACUCCUCGAUCCUGGUGUGA